AUGCCAGAAAUGCAGCAGAUCCCCAAAAGAUAUCACCAGCCAUUCAGGUUCGAGGAGGCAGAAAGGCGAAAAUCAGCUCUAGGGCCCAGACUAUCCAGAGAACCUAAUUUCUCAGGUGGCAGAAAGCGUCUUGUUCCAAAUGGCUUCGAAACUUCGCAGGAAGCUUCGUCUGGAUUGCGGAAUUUUACCAGAAGAGCUUUCAGCUGUAACAGACACGAGAUCAACGGGCGAAGCUCGUAUCGCGAAAUAGAACCCAAGCAAAUAUCAAUGCGACAAAGUCGAUUCAAAACACAGCCUGAACUUUGGCAAGCAGCGACAAUACAGUGGAACAGUCCUGCUAGAAAUGUCAGACCGCGAACGGGCAAUCAUGUUGAGAUGAAACGACCUGCUAAUAACGUCGAUAAAACUUAUUUUGAAGUGUACGCAGAAGGGUAUGAAAGAUGUAUUCCAGGAUACACUGGUCAUAUUCAACCAAGAUAUCCGUCUAGAAUCACUCGUCAGGAAUCGUCGCAAAACAACAUGAAGCCAGUUCUUUUGCGAGAAAACUCCUUUCCUAAAACGGGAACUUUCUCAAAAAUGAUCACCGUUCUGCCUCCUUAUAAUCCUUUUGCGAGAUAUAAAUCGAUUCAAUAA